CCACCUGCCCUAAGCACCAGCAGGCGUACAGUGUCCACAGCGAGGUCUUGGGGUGAAGGGUCCAGUGCCCGGGACAGGACUCGAGGUCCCAGGAGUGGAGUGCGCUUCGGGAUCCGGAGACGCCGCUGUGGGUCUUGGGGAAGAACCAGCGGCCGCUCAGCCAGCGGGGGUCGGGCCAGGACCCCACGGGAAAGUCAGCUUCCUUCCCAGCUCCCUGCUGCCCGGAAUUCCCUCGCGCUCGGCCCGCCCGUGGCGCGGGGUCGUCGGGCCAGGCGGCGGGAGGGGGCGGGGAGGCCCGGGCCACCCACCUCCCGCCCCAGGCGUGCUCUUCGGAGAAACAAGAAGCGAGCCCUGGUCGGCCAGCGCCCUGGAGCCGGGUUCCGGGAAGAGAAACUCGCGGCCGCUACUGCCCCCGGACCCUGGCGUUCCGGGCAACGCUCACCUUUGAAGCGCUCCAAAGACGGUCUUUGGGGAGGGGACGGCGAGACCACCGCCAGGGCCUCACUUCUCCACUUGACUUUGGAAGAUUAGGCCACUUCCCCGCCACGCCCGCCCCGCGCAUCGGGGUGCACCGUUAUCUGGGCCUCUGCUCCAACUGCCAUCCUCGGACUCGGCGUGUACCCCCAUCUCCUGGACCUGCCGCUAUCGUUGCCGUGCGCCUCCAAUCCGCAUUUUGUCUCCUGGCACCCCUGGGAGAAGCCCAGACCUCUUGUCCACCUUCCCAAUCGACGCGGGUCCCGGUGACUCUCUGCUGCUCCGUGACCUUUUCCUGCAGGUCCCUAGAGAGGCACGGGGGUCAGGAACCCUCGGAGCCCCGGGGUUGUCCGAGGCUGGAGCGCGCCAUGCAGCUGUGGGGGUCGACGCUAGCGCUCCGGCUCCGACUCCUGGCGUUGCUGCUGCCGCUGCUGCCGCCACCCGUGCGCGCCCUAGAGCCCACCCGGGCUCAGGACGUGAGCCUGCUCGUGGACUGGCUGACCCGCUAUGGCUACCUGCCGCCCCCCGACCCCGCCCAGGCCCAGCUGCAGAGCCCAGCCAAGCUGCGGGAUGCCCUGAAGGUGAUGCAGAGGUUUGCGGGGCUGCCGGAGACAGGCUUCAUGGACUCCCAGACGGUGGGUGCCAUGCGCAAGCCCCGCUGCUCCCUGCCUGAUGUGCUGGGGGCCGCAGGUCUAGUUAGACGCCGCCGUCGCUACGCCCUGAGUGGCAGUGUGUGGAGGAAGCGGUCCCUGACGUGGGGGGUGCGCUCCUUUCCCCAAGGCUCCCAGCUGAGCCAUGACAAAGUACGGACUCUGCUGAACUACGCACUGGCCGUGUGGGGCUCAGAGUCGGGGCUCAGUUUCCAUGAGGUGGACACCCAGCGCCAGGAACCAGACAUCCUUAUUGACUUCGUCCGGGCCUACCACCAGGACAGCUACCCCUUCGAUGGGCUUGGGGGCACCCUGGCCCAUGCCUUUUUCCCUGGGGAGCACCCCAUCUCUGGGGACACACACUUCGAUGAUGAAGAGACCUGGACUUACGGGGUGAAAGAUGGCGAAGGGACUGACCUGUUUGCUGUGGCUGUCCACGAGUUUGGCCAUGCCCUGGGCCUGGGGCAUUCCUCCGCUCCCAGCUCCAUCAUGAGGCCCUUCUACCAGGGCCCCGUGGGUGACCCUGCCAAGUACCGGCUGUCCCCGGAUGACCUCGAAGGCCUGCAGCAGCUGUAUGGUACGACACCAGUGCACCAAACCCCACAUAGGCCAACUCGGAGACCCCUGGCUCCUCCUCCCCAGCCCCCCACCCAGCUUCCGGACAGGAACAGGCCUUCUGUCCCCGCCCCGGAUCGGUGUGAGGGCAAUUUUGAUGCCAUCGCCAACAUCCGCGGGGAGACCUUCUUCUUCAAAGGGCCCUGGUUCUGGCGCCUGCAGCCCUCCGGACAGCUGGUGUCCCCACGGCCUGCAGGGCUGCAUCGUUUCUGGGAGGGGCUGCCUGUCCAGGUGAAAAUGGUCCAAGCUGCCUAUGCCAGGCCCGGUGACGGGCGCAUCCUCCUCUUCAGUGGCCCGCAGUUCUGGGUGUUUCGAGAUCGGCAGCUAGACGGACCCCCGCGGCCGCUCACCGAGUUGGGGCUGCCGCCUGGGGAGGUGGUGGAUGCCGUGUUCUCGUGGCCGUCCAACGGGAAGACCUACCUAAUCCGCGGCCAGCGCUACUGGCGCUUUGACGAGGCGGCCGGGAGGGCCGACCCCGGCUAUCCUCGAGACCUGAGCCUGUGGGAAGGGGCGCCGCCCGCGCCCGACGACGUCACGGUCAGCAACACAGGCGACACCUACUUCUUCAAGGGCGCCCACUACUGGCGAUUUCCUAAGGGCAGCGUCAAGGUCGAACCCGACUUCCCCCAGCCCAUGGGGCCCCAGUGGCUGGACUGCCCUGCCUCCACCUCUGACCCUCACGUUCCCAAGCCUCCUCAAGCGACUCCCAGGUCGAGAGCCUGCGAUUGCAAGUGCGAGAUCAACCGGGCUGCGGGCCGGCUCCCCGCUCCCUUGCUGCUGCCCCUCCUGCCCCUGCUGGCUGCGGCCGUCGCCUCCCGCUGACCCGCAGACGCUCUGUGCGGAGCGCCCCCAGCCUGGACAGGGGCGGGACGUGGCCGGAGAUGGCGAGGCUCCGCCGGGCCAGCCGCCGUCUGUUGCCAGGGUCGGUGGUUCCCAAGAAACCCAACAGACGGCCCCGCCUGGACCCCGCGCUCCGCCGCCGCGCAGUGGCCCGGGCCCGCUCGGUCCUCCAGGCUCCCGGGCCGGGCAGCCGCCAGGGGGCGGUGCGUCCUCUCCCAGCCGCGCGGGAUCCGCCGCCACAGGUGCGCGCCGCCGGGGUCCAGCAAGGGCCUCUGGGCCUGCUGCACACAGGACCAGCCCUCUCGCCCCCACUCGGGUCAGUGGAAAGGAACGCUGCCCCAGCGGGGCCCUUCUGUUGUCCCUGGAACAGCACACCCUGAACAUCCCAACACAACCCACGCCACGCCCUAUGCCUGUAUGUGUCUGUGGAGGACAAGCCUGCCUCCCACCCCGCCCAUACUCCCUACCCCAUCCUGCUCUCCUGAAUUUCCAUUUGCCGGCCUGCGAUGGGGACCCAAACCCAGCUGGGAGACUCCUCUCCAGGAACCCAUAGUCACGAACCACCAGGGAGAGCUCAUUUCCCAUCACACCUGGUCCAGAGUGCCCCCGUCCCAUUCAAUCUCAAGUUCUCCCACCUGCACCUGUGUGGUCUCAGCUGCCUUGGGGCAGGUAGGGACUGCCCCAUCUGUCAGCCACUAAGGUGGCUGCAGCUCAGGGUGAGGGCUGGUGAAGCCUGGGCCACCUCAUUCACCACCUACUCCCAGGUUCAGAGCCUCAGCUAUUAUCCCUGGAGCUGUGUUUCUAGAAUCUUCAUUCUGGGGUGGGAUGGGGAGUCUGCAUAUUCACGGGCUGCAGGAGUGUGUGUGUAGGGCGGGGAGCAAUGUCCGCCUGGUUGGUGUCUGGGUGUGGCCGAGUCUCUGAUUUGCCCCUAAAGGGCCAGUGCCCGGAAUCUGCUACAGAUCCCUCCAGAUCCUGGAGUUGUCAGCACUGUCCCAGUCAUCCGGGCAAAAUGCCCCAAGUUCUCAUGACCUUUGCAGGCCAAUAGGGGCAUGAGAGCCAGGGAUCCAGAGCUAAUUGUGACGCAGCAGUGGAUUGAGACAGUAGCUUCUGGCAUCCUCUCUGAUGACUAGUGGCGUCUUAGGAUCGGCUUGUGGGCACUUGGUUCUCAUGUUGUGUGUGUGUAAGGAAAACAAGCAGCGGACACCUGACCCAGCAGUUCUCAGCACCAGGAAGCCAUGUGGGUCUCCAGUUGAUCCCUUUCCAAGUGGGAGGGGAUGCCCAGUACCAGCCAGGAGGACAGGACAGGACAUGGCACUAGCCGAAGGCAGCCUGCAGGACUCGGUGAAUGGAAGCAGAGCAGAACCAGGGAGCUGGCCAGGGCAGGCUCUCUGCUGAGACGCUAAGGCGCUUUCAAUGUGGCAGUGUCUCUGGCCUCUGAAACGGCACACCAAGGGUGUCCAUGAGACUCACAUGCCAGAGAUGGGCCCAGCAGCCCCACCACCCAAGCUAGACACUGAUCCUCCCACGGAGUUCUCUGCUGCUCGUGUGUCUGAUAAGAGGCUGGCACCCGAGCUUACCCCUGGACACAUGCUCUGCAUCUAUUGGCCUGGGGUUUGGAGAGUAGGUGAGGAGAGGGGCAUUGCUCUGUGG